AUGGUGCACCGCGGGGUUGUUGUCCUGUGUUUCAGUGCUAUCCUGGCUGUGACUUCAGCAGACACCUUCGGAGCAGGAUUCAAGCUCCUCGGAAGGAUGUACGACAAUUGCGAGAAGUCCCAGGAGAUCAUCAAGUGCUUCAAGGUCCAAGCUACCAAGUUCAUGGAUCGCGCAGCGCGUAUGGAAAAGCUCCCGAUCUUUGAUGGCGUGUCUUUGGUACAGAGGUCGGAACAGGGAAGAGCGUUCCCUUCACUACCGGAUGUCGAUUUGAACUCGUUAGGAUCCGAUGAAGUCGAUAAGCUACUCCAAAUUUCCACAUCAAAGCUGUUACAGAGUCAUCGAGUGGUUAUCGCGCCUAAUGUCGCAGGAGUAGAUGUCGGGCGAUCGUUCGAAGAAGCAAGAGGUAAGCUGAAGAAGAUGAUGGGUCCCAUAUUGGCUGGUAUAGCGAUAAAGGGCGGAUUCUUGGCUAUGGCGUUCCAAGCUAUUGCUAUCAUCGCUGGUAAAGCGUUGUUGAUUGGAAAGAUCGCGCUACUUCUGUCAGCUAUCAUUGGUUUGAAGAAGCUCGUAACUGGUGGUGAAUCACUCGAGAAAACCACGUAUGAAAUUGUCAAGCAUCCGCAAGUGUCGCAGACGCAUACCUACUCCGCGUCCCAUUACGGAAAUGACUUCGAUUCAACAGGACCAGGCGGUCAUUACAGACGAAGCGUGGAGGACGAAGCCGCUGCCCAGGAUAGGGCCUAUAGAGCGUACGCAAAGCAACAGUGA